AUGGCGGUGGCGCCCUUGCUCGCCCUCCUACUCCUGUUCCUCUCCGGUCCCCGCCGAUGCUCCGCCGCCGCAGCAGCGAACUCGACGUCCUCACCUUCCUCGUCCCCGCGGCCCGCGCCGCUGGUCCCGGCGCUCUUCGUAAUCGGCGACUCCACGGCCGACGUAGGCACCAACAACUACCUGGGCACGCUCGCCCGCGCCGACCGCGAGCCCUACGGCCGGGACUUCGACACGCACCGCCCCACGGGGCGCUUCUCCAACGGCCGCAUCCCCGUCGACUACAUCGGUAAUAAGGCCGGGCUCCGCGGCCUCCUCUCCAUCUUGGUCCAGCGACAUUAUAUCGAUGGUCUUUGUGCAGCGGAGCGGCUGGGCCUCCCCUUCGUGCCUCCAUACCUUGAACAGAACAUGCGCACGGGCACCGCCGAUGUUGGCCUCACAAACAUUGAUGGGAUGAUACAAGGCGUCAACUACGCGUCCGCGGCAGCCGGCAUCAUCUCCAGCAGUGGCUCUGAGCUUGGAAUGCAUGUAUCCCUGACCCAGCAGGUGCAACAAGUCGAGGACACAUAUGAGCAGCUGUCACUGGCCCUUGGGGAGGCCGCGGUGGCCAACCUGUUCAGGAGGUCCGUGUUCUUUGUGUCCAUCGGGAGCAAUGACUUCAUCCACUACUACCUGCGCAAUGUGUCUGGUGUCCAGAUGCGAUACCUCCCUUGGGAGUUCAACCAGCUCCUUGUCAGUACAAUGAGACAGGAAAUCAAGAAUUUGUACGACAUCAAUGUUCGCAAAGUCAUACUGAUGGGCCUACCUCCUGUUGGUUGUGCACCUCAUUUCCUCGAGGAGUAUGGCAGUCAAACUGGGGAAUGCAUCGAUUAUAUCAACAAUGUCGUGAUCGAGUUCAACUAUGCCCUGAGACACAUGUCUAGCGAGUUCAUCAGCCAGCAUCCAGAUUCCAUGAUCAGUUAUUGCGACACUUUUGAGGGGUCUGUGGACAUACUAAACAACCGUGAGCAUUAUGGUUUUGUCACCACCACUGAUGCUUGCUGUGGGCUGGGCAAGUAUGGAGGCUUGAUCAUGUGCGUUCUUCCACAGAUGGCGUGCAGCGAUGCAUCAAGCCAUGUCUGGUGGGAUGAAUUCCACCCGACAGAGGCUGUCAACCACAUCCUGGCAGAUAAUGUGUGGUCCAGUCAGCACACCAAGAUGUGCUAUCCUUUGGACCUGCAACAGAUGGUAAAACUGAAGCUGUAG